ACCUUCACAGAGAUACUCCCCCUUCUAAAGAUCCAAGAGCACAGAAACAUCACACAUCACACACCAAACCAACACCACACACAACAUUCUCCUCUCAGCGAUUGCCUGAUACUACCCAUGAAGAUGGAGAAGAGAUCAGAGACAUCCCAGCAUUCUUCAAAAUCUGGAGCGUCACCUUCAUCUAAGGACAGGAAAACGAAGGCACCCAAAUCCGUGAAACUCCAAGAGCCUCACAAAAGAAAAGAGCGAGAGAAACCUGACAUUUCAGAAGAAACACAUGAAGCCAAAGAUGCUCAAGUCAUCUCGAGGAGCACUGUUGUGAAUGUGGAUACUGUGAGAGAACGUGUUAAAGAAGAGAGAGAGGAGUUAUUGGGUUUACUGGAGACUGAGGGACACGGAGAAGGACUGAAGAAGCGAUACCUUGGAGUUUGUGAGAUGAUUCUGGUGGUUUUGGUCCUUUCACUGGUUGUUUGCUUCUUUCCUGUUUCAAUUUGGUUCUGUUUAAAGAUUGUGCGAGAACACGAACGAGUUGUCGUUUUUCGAUUGGGGCACUUGUUGCAAAAAAGACCCAGGGGUCCAGGGCUGAUGUUUCACCUUCCAUUUCUGGAUGUGUGCCAAAUAGUGGACAUUCGUCUGAAGAUGUUAAAGAUCCCUCUUCACGUGGUGGUGACCAAAGACCUGGUGUGCACUGAAGUGAGUGCGGUAUGUUACUAUCGUAUCGAGAACGCGCUCGCAACCGUCCAGUCCGUGCCGCAGGCGCUGACUCAAGUCUCGGUAAGAGAGAUACUGGCCCAUCACACAUUCACUGACAUUCUGCUGGAGAGAAAAACGAUCGCACAGGAGAUCCAGGUUCAUUUAGAUUCUGUGGCCUGCAGAUGGGGCAUCAAGGUAGAAAAAGCAGAGAUAGAGGAGAUCAAUCUUCCAACAGAGCUGCAAUGCAACUUUGCUGUGGAAGCUGAAGCCAGACGUCAAGCAAAGGUUAAAGUGAUUGCCGCAGAAGGAGAGAAGGCGGCUUGUGAGGCACUGAAGUCUUCCGUCGAGUCUCUUUCCGGGUCUCCGCUGGUCGUGCAUCUUCGAAUUCUGCAGCUUCUUCACAGUCUGCGCUCUGAGCAGCCGGCUGUGGUCCUCAACAUACCUCCUGAUGUCCUGAGCCAAUCUAUAGACAUCACCAGUUUAACCAGAACGGCCAAUCAAAACCUGCCCCCGGCAGACGACUCGGAAGAGAGCACUAAAGACUCGCCCAUGAUGUAGAGACAACAUACAUGUCAAGAUAUGUCAGACCAGUGUUUUUUCGCGUUUAUUCAAUGUUAAAGGGAUGCUUCACCCAAAAAUGAAA